AUGCAGCUUAUCUACGAUGCCGGUCAUGAGCCUGACGACAUUGAUGGAGAUGCGCAGAUGGCUGAUGCCUUCGAGCCAUCGGAUCAGCACCAGGUCUGCAAGCGUUGUCGUCACGGUCGCGAUAGUGCGAAGGGCUUGGGAGAUCCCUUCCUUAUGUCCGCGGCAAAUCACAUGAACCCAAGCCUUGGCCCAGCUGCUUGGGAUCUACCAGCUAUCACGCAGAUUGAGGAACAGCUUAUCGCAAUCGUACAUGUGUUCUGCACAACUUGGGUUGUUGGUGGACCCCUUGGCCAGCACAAGUACAAAGGCAAUGUGAUUCACUUCCUCCGCGAGGUUGGUCGUGUAUACAAGGAGCUGCCGUUGAUCCCUACAGAGGUCACCGACGUUAUCCUUCGUCCAUCAGAGACCGAUCAGGCUCAAGGCCGCAUGUUCGCUCGCGAGUUCACAGUCCGAUGUGCCGUUGUUGCUAAGUGGCUUGACCACCUCAAGAAUCGACAUCCGCUGUACAGAGAUGUGGUUAUUAACCCCGACCGCAUCCGCGAACUACCCGAAGAUGGCAACGUGCUGGAGAUGGGACUAUGCAACACAUCUGCUAUGGAUGGCGAUAACGAUGAGGUCCCAGCAAUGAACACCUCCUAA